CUUAAAAAUGUUAAAAAGGUAGAGUAAAGAAGUGAGACGUGGAUUCGUGAACUCCAUCAGGUGGAGAAAUAAGCAGAGAGGUACCUGGACAACCCACCCACCCCCAACAAAAGAAAAAAUGAAGAGCACGAAAACCAGCGUAAAACCCAAAAAUUUCCAAAUCAAUCUCAAGAACCUUCCUCCUCUAGAUCCUUCAAUCGUCUCUCCCCUGUAUCAGGAUAAGUAUGAGAACCCCAGUUCCAGAAAUCAACCUAUUGUCGCGAAUCCAAGCUCCGAAUUCCAUCGGAAAACUGAUUCUGCUGACGGAAAUUCAAGACCGGGUCUGGAGGUUGAGGAAUGUUUUUGUUUAGCUUCAACAACCUUAAAACAUCCGAACAACACCUUCAACAAGGAGAUUCAGAUUCGCCAUCGCCAUGCUAAUUUGGUUGUUCCAGAUGCUCCCAAGAAGGCAUCAGCCAAAUCAAAGUUGCAUGAUAUAUGCGCUGCAAACAAUUGGAAACAUCCUUCGUAUGAAUGUUGCAAGGAGGAAGGCCCUUCCCACAUGAAAUUAUUCACAUUCAAAGUUGUUGUUGAGAUGCGAGAAGAAACAUCGACGACAAUUUUGGAGUGCUUUAGUGAACCCCGGCCAAAAAAGAAAAUGGCGGCCGAUCAUGCAGCUGAGGGUGCGUUGUGGUAUUUGAGACAUGUUGGGUGUUUGCUUUCAAAACCCUCUUGAUUCAUUGAAACUACAAAGCACACACAUCAUUUGGUCCUUGCGUUGUGUCUCUUACAUAUAAGGUAAUUUAUAGAUGGGAAAUUUUCAACUUACACUCCUAAUUCAUGUUGAUGAUUGAUGAUAUACAUGGUGUUAUUUCUUCACUUCUAGUGAGGAUUUCACUUUGAGUGGUUGAUUAGAAUGCCUUUGUCACGUUUUGAAAAUUUGGAUGAAUUAUGUACAUGAUAUUUGUGUUGGUGUAUCUCAAGUAAAUGAAUAAAAUUUUGAUAAAAUCUGUUCUUUUUGACAUAA